AUGACCCCUACCCGACAGGAAGAGAAGCAGCAAAACCGCGAGGGUUUUGAAAAGCGGCAAGCGGCCAAGAGCGGGCAAUCCGGCUCUGGUCGUGGCACUAUUGGGCCCGACAAGAGCCGAGACUCGAGCAAGUGUCCUCAGACUAUGGCCGAAAGGCACGGCAUCACCAAGGGCCAGAAGAGGCAGACCGAGGAGGACGAUGAUCGAUGCGUCGUGAGGGAAGAGGGCCAAGUUUACGACGGUGCCGAGGAUCUGGAGAACCUCUCUGGUGAGCGCCAGAAGAAUGUGAUGCACCAUCGAGAGCAGGGGAAUGACGAGGCUCUGGUGGGCCAUACGAACAAUGCAGUGCAUGCCACUCAGGCUGCCCAGGCUCCUCAGUCACUUCCCAGCACUCCCGAAGUCCUCUUUGCGUCCAAACCAGACCGCCCGGAUCGUUUGUCCCGAGCCAGAGCCACCGAGAUAGCGUACGACGUGGUGAGGUCCACUAGUGCCGCUGGCCCAAGCAUGAGAACUCCGUUCCGUCCUCUCAAUGAGAGGAUUACCGCCCCUUUUGCAGGGAAAACCACCCGCCCUCGAGGCGAGACUGCCAGUCUGGAUCGAUUGGCCCAAGCCAAGGCCGACAAGGAAGACUACGACAUGGUGGUGUCCACCCGCCCUCAAGGCGAGACUACCAGCCAGGCUGGUAUAUCCCACAAGCACUGUGCUAACUGUGGAGGAAAUGGCCACCUCUUGGUCAACUGCAUCACGGCUGAGCAUGGCUCAAUCAAGGUCUGCGUCUUCUGCAGGACAAAAGACCACAUGACCGAUGAGUGUCGAUCUUUCAAUAAGCUGGGCCUGGCGGCCAAGGUUAAGCUGCUUGUCAAGGAUCGUGCUGGCAAGCCGGAGCUGGACACCCGCCGGGGUUGGUGGCGUUAUCUUCACGACUUCUUGGUAUCGGAGGAGACCAAAGGCGUCCCUAUCCCGACUGCGUUCCCUUGGUCACCGAAGUUCGCCGAGGGCCUUUUCGAAUGCAGGUUUCCCAAGAACAUUGACCAGAUCCAGGAGGAGUUUGAUAGAAGCCGGGAUGCAUCCAAGUUGCCCAAGGAUGAGACAAUGCAGAGCCUGGAGGAUGUCUACACCCGUCACUGGAGGGAAGAGAAGCUCCCCUGGCCCCGCCUCCGUCUGGGCAGGAUGUCGUCGAGUGUGGAUAUGGAGGAUCUGGAGAACCGUCGUCAGAAUGAUCCGCGUCCGGCUGCCUAUUACGAGGCUCUCUCGAAAUACAAUGGCUGGAGGGCAUGUGAUUUUUCUGAUGAAGAAGAAGAGUAG